AUGGGCGGCGGCGGGAGGAGAGGCGCCCGCUGCGUCGCCUGCCGGCGCCACGGCGCCCCCUGCGGGGCUGGCGCGGCGCAGCGCGCGGCCGCGCAGCGGCACGGCCGGGACCCGGCAGGCUCGCGGACUCGCAGGGUGGCUGAGGUCAAGAGAGGCUUGUGUGCACGCCGGCACCCAAGCAAGUCCUCAAGGCAGGUAGCUUCUGCUGGCCCAGGGGACGCCUGCGGGGGCCAGCGAGGGAUGCACGGAGUAACCCGCCAGUCUGCUGCAAAGUGUGACCCGUGCUACCACGAGAAGCAGCGCCAGGCUCAUGGCAAGCACCUGAGAAAGCCGCUCCUAGAGCCACCUGGGGCGAGGUGCUGCCACCAGCGCAGAAGGUUCUGGAAACAGCCCCGGGGCCGGGGGGGGGGGGCUGCGACGCCUCCUGCGACCGUUGGAGCCAUUGGAGCCGUUGGGAGCCGUUGGGAGCCGUUGGGAGCCAUGAGGCAGUGGCUGGCGGUGCUGGCGCUGUGGCCGGUGCUGGGGUGCGCGGGCGGGAAGUCGCCCACUUUCCCCAGCAUCAUGGACAAGACCUUCAUCGAGGAGUGUGUGCGUGGCCAUAACGACCAUCGUGCCAGUGUCAAGCCUUCUGCCAGCAACAUGCGGUACAUGACUUGGGAUGCAGCCUUGGCAAGAACUGCCAGGGCAUGGGCAAAUAAAUGCCUUUUUAAACAUAAUAUACACUUGAAGAACAAAUACCAGUGCCAUCCUAAUUUUACAUCUAUUGGAGAGAAUAUUUGGCUUGGAAGUUAUCGAGCAUUCGGUGUCGCUGGUGCAAUUAAAGCAUGGUAUAAUGAAGUCAGAUUCUAUACUUUUGAGACACGCAAGUGUACAAAUGUUUGCGGUCAUUACACUCAGGUUGUUUGGGACUAUUCCUAUAAAGUAGGCUGUGCUGUUGCUUUUUGUAAGAAAGUUGGAGGAAUGAAAAAUGCAGCACUUUUUGUAUGUAACUAUGCACCAAGUGGUAAUCUUCCAAGAAAACCUUAUACAAAAGGAGCAUCAUGCAGUAAUUGUGCAAAAGAGGACACCUGUGAAAAUAAAUUGUGUAGAAAUCCACAACGUGAUAAAAUUAUCCAUUAUUCAAGAUGGAAUCCCCCGUGGGAGUUCAGAAUUGUAUGCGAUGAGAUUUGUAUUGCUCUUGCAGUUUCGAGACCAUCAGUGAUGUUUCUUGCUUUUAUAGCUGUUUAUUUUAUAAAAAAGCGUUUUAUAAACAUGCAUAUGUCUACAUAA